AUGGCUUACAACAACAGCACACUUCUUAAGAUACUGAGCCACAGUGUGUGGUUAGUUGUGGCUGCCUCCGUGGUCGGUGCAUUGGGAACUGGAGAAACUGUACCGCAACCCGUGGAUAACAAAAAGAACGAGAAGCGGGGACUCUACGGCUUGGGGUAUGGAGGAGGAGGUGCCUUAGGAGGAGGCGGCUUCGCUGGUUACGGAGGCCUCAGUAGCUAUGCCAGUGGAUACGGAGGAGGUGCCGGCAUCGGUGCAUAUGGAGGUGGAGGAUACGGAGGAGCUGGUCUCGGCAUUGGCGGUGCUGCAGCUGGUGGAGCAGGAGGUGGGGCUGGUGGCGCCGGAGGUGCAUCUGGAGUCAGCGUCGGGACUGCACUGGUGGUCCGGCAAACGGUGCCGUAUCCCGUUCCCUACGCAGUCACACGUGACGUCCACGUGCCCGUAUUUGUGCCGCGGCCUGUGCCCGUCCUAGUGGCCAGAGGAGGGGCUGUUGGUGCAGCUGGUCUAGGAGGAGGCGCUGGGUUCGGUCUAGGAGGAGGCGCUGGGUUCGGUCUAGGAGGCGGCAUCGGAGGUUACGGGGGCGGCAUCGGAGGUUACGGAGGCGGCUACGGUCUCACAGGCGGCUUUGGCGCGGGCAGCUAUGGCAUCGGUGGUGGUGGUGGUUUUGGAGAUAACUAUCCACAUCACGACUGUAACUACAGCACAGGUGUCACACCAAUCAAUGAAUUAAUCUCAGACCUCCUGUGCUCGAUUUGUCUGUGA